AUGCAGCUAACUUCCCUCGUUGCUGCGGCUCUGCUGUCGCAGAAUGCCGCCGCUCAGUUCGGCAAUUCCAUGUUGCGAUUUGCGUGUUCCCAACUAGUUGUCGACCGUAUCGACCCCUUGGUCAACCCCGGUAUGGCGUACACUCCUCACCUGCACCAGCUGGUCGGUGGUAACUCUCUCAACGUCACCAUGGACCCCGCUACUCACGACCUGGCUUCGUCCACAUGCACGUCCUGCACCUUCAAGGAGGACAAGUCUAACUACUGGACCGCCGUCAUGUUCUUCAAGUCCAAGAACGGAACAUACAAGCGAGUUCCUCAGGUCGGCAAUGGUGGCCCUCAGGGAAAGCUCAUCAACAAGGGUGGUCUCGAUCUCUACUACAUCCCCAGUGGAAAGACCACUGCCUUUAAGAAGGGUUUCCGCAUGUUGGCUGGUAACGCCGCCAACACUGACCCCAGUAAAGUCGCCAAGUCGAACAUCUGCCAUCGAUGCUGGACGUCUCCCAAUGAGAACACCUUCGUUGGUGGUGCUCCCUGCACUGGUUCCGACACCGUCGAUAUUCCCAGCUCCAAGAGCUGCAAGAUGAUCCGACAGACCAUCAUCUUCCCCACCUGCUGGGAUGGCAAGAACCUCGACUCCCCAGACCACCAGUCCCACGUUGCGUACUCCUCCGGCAGCGGUGCUACCGGCGGCGGAGCCUGCCCCUCGACGCACCCCACCAAGCUCCCGCAGAUCAUGUACGAGUUGAUGUGGAACGUGACCGAGUUCUCCAACAGCAACGACUUCCCCACUGACGGCUCCAACCCAUACGUCUACUCCAUGAACCUCGGUGGCCCUGCUGCCCACGGUGACUACCUCUUCGGCUGGGAAGGCGACACCCUCCAGAAGGCCAUGGACAACAUCGGCUCGUGCGGACUCAACACCGACUGCGCUACCGCCGGCAUCCACGCCCAGACCCCCGACCAGUACAGCGCCUGCACCAAGGAACAACAAGCUCCCGAGGAUGUUGACGGCUGGCUCGCGGCUCUCCCCAUGGGCGAGAUGGCUAUUAAGGCUUAG